AUGGCGGUCGAACCCUUCAACAUUGUUGUUCGGAAUACCUUCAUUGAUGCUGUGCAAGAGCCUGAAGGCAGAGUUCUGGAUGACAGCCCCCUGAAUCGGACGCAUUCCGAUCCAACUGGAGGCUACUCCAAGCAAGUUCUGAACUUGGACAGGAUAGUGCCGCGAGCAGGAAUAGCUGAGGAGGAAGAGGUUCACGACCUCCCAGAGCCAGCUUUCCACCAUCGGAUCAAACUCGAGGAGGAGGAGGCGCCCUUGGCUCGGACGAGGAGCAUGGGUCAGCCGCAGUCGGCCUCGGUCCUGGCAGGGAUCGGACGCACGCUCUCGGCGGCCUCUGCAGGCGAAUCGCUGCAACGACUCCUGACUGGUGGUGGCGAGGAUGAAAGCUUUGCGGCUGCCAUGGAAACGGUGCCUCCUUGGGUUUCGAACAUGGGUGUUCCUCAGCCACCGUGGAUGUAUCCGCCGGGUCCUUCUGGGCCACAGGCUCCGGCAUCUGCAUCAAUGAUGCCACCAAGGUGGAGCAUGGAUAACCUGACGGUUCAGACGGCGGUGCAGAGUGUGGCCGCGCAGAGCGCUGCCCAGGUGGCAGCGGCCCGGCUUUCAGCGGCUCAGGUUCAGGUGGCCCUGGAACUUUCCAAGGCGAAAGCAGAGGCCGCAGAAGCCAAGGCAUUGGCUCAGGCUUCCGCUGAGGCCCUAGCCAAAGCCCAGGCCACCCAGCCCUGCGGGUGCUCUUGCGGGGGGAUGCCUUGUGCACCUUGCAUGUAUCCCUCCUUGGCCCCGGCCUCCUCGGCAUCCUCGACCGCCGCAGCGGCCGCAGCCGCCGCAGCCGCCGCAGCCCAGUCUCCAUUCAGACAGGAUCUGCACCGGGCCGGCCAGGAUGUUGGGCUGUCGACGCAGUUUUCUGCGAAUCAGUUUUCUCGCAGAGACCUAGGGCCAGGGCCACCCGUGGGCCGCCGACACUGCUUCCAUCAGGACGAUCGGAUCGCGCGGUCAGUUGUGUCUGAGGAGUUUUUCUGGGACAAGAAGAAGCCUGCUAGUUCGAGGCGAUUAUGUUUGGACGACCUGACGGAAGAUGCUCUGCAGGAGUAUAGAGCUCGGGUGUCGACUGCACGCAAGAGCCUGGCUUUUGACAGCGAGGCCAACGGAACCGGAUCCACGACCACCGCGGCAACGACCGUACCGUCGUCAAGAUCCAUCUGCACAGCAUUCUCCUCUGAAAACUCCCAGUCCCAGGUCAGCCAUCAGGUCAGUCGAAGUGAGACUGAGAAGCGAGCGGAGAAGGCAUGGCUGCGGGGGCGUCUGCGCCAAGCCAGACGGCGGGAGCUGCUGAAUGAGUUUCUCAAGCAGCAUCGCUUCAGCCGUGACAUCAGCGAAGCGCAGGCACCAGCGACUUGCUUCCCUUUCUUCAAGAGAUGCGAGACGCUGUAUCCGAUCCACGUCGCGGCCCAGAUGGGACACACCGAACUUGUUCGGAUUCUUCUGGAGGAGGGUGCAGACAGGAAUCAGCGGACGUCAGGUGGCCGAACUGCUCUGGAGAUCGCAUUGUCUGAGGACCACAAGGGCUCACACUGCGGAGUGUUGGAUCUGCUGCAAGGUCGAACCUCCGUGAUGGACAUGCGCACUGCCAUGAAGAUGAUGGUGACGGGCACGCAGACCUGUGACGCACAAGAGGAGUCCUAA